AUGUUGAUGUUACUCCCCCUCGUUGUUCGCUUGGUCACUGCUUUUCCUGCAAACUGGAACGAAUCGAUCGCUUGUCCUCAUGAUGGUCUUUACUCAUCGCUCAUUCAAGAUGAUGGCGAGUUUUGCUCGAGUGUUCUUGAGGGGAAUCAUUGCGGUGCGGGAUAUAGUACCCCUGUGGAGUAUGUGAGGUAUAAUCAGACGAGGAUAGCUUCAUAUUGUGAGUGUAUUGUGACUAGCGCGUAUUCUAGCACUACGGAGUCCAGGACGAUGGGGUACUCGGAUUCGACGGAGGCGUCGGUGGGACAGUCUGGAUCGGGGACGUAUGCUGAGACGACUAAAGGAGUGUAUUCGACCACUGAAGGGUCGUGGAAUCAGACUGCAGCGUCUGGUGGAGAGACGACCGGGGAUACUCCAAGGACAUCGUACACCAACAGCAGUCCAACUACAGGAACAGCCAGCGAGAGCUUCACAAGAUCAGAUUCAGCAGCGUCAUGGAACACCACCACAGAGUCACCAGCGGAUACUCAAGGUCCCUUCUCAGCAUCCUUCUCGAGCCAUACUUCAUCUCAUUCUCAGUCUGGCAACAGCACCCAAAGUCUCUCGGAUGUAACAUCACGGGCAUCUACCCAUUCAUCUGGAAUGACGAGAUCUGGCGCUACAAGCGAUUCGCUACAGUGGUCGGUUCCCGGUAACUUGACGUCGAGUCCUGUGGAGAGUAGGACACGUCUGACGGGGACUUUGACCGGGUGGAACUCGAGUAUUACUGCCCCGAGCAGUGGUGUUUCUGGGACAGGGUUUUUCGUACCUAUCCCUACUAUGUCGGUUCCAGGUGUGUCGGUGACCACUGGUUCUGGCACGACUGGUGGGAGGGUAGGGCCAGCUUGGAACACGACUUCAGCUCCAACAGGGAAUGAUUCGAUUCCUACUGUCAGUCUCUCAAGUGGAAGUUUUGUACCGUUUCCUACGGGAUCGGACAUCAUUAGUUCUGGGAGUUCGUCGAUUGGUAGCGUGGCUCCAAGUUGGAACACCACGUCUGCUUCGAGAGGCAAUGGCUCAGUUCCUACAGUCAGCAUCUCCAGCGGAACUUUCGUGCCCUUCCCUACAGCGUCUAGGGCCUCGUCUAGUGGCACAACAGGGCCAAGCUGGAAUGGAACUACCUCCGUCUCGAUGAGCAAUGGCUCAGUACCCACGAUUAGUAUCUCCAGUGGGACGUUCGUACCGUUCCCAACAGCCUCGGUGUCCACAAGCUCUGGUGGUUCAUCAAGUGGGAGUGUAGGCUGGAAUGGUACCACGUCGAGGGGGAAUGGCUCUGUACCGACAGUUAGUAUCUCGAGUGGCACAUUCGUUCCGUUUCCAACAUUAUCGCUAUCAAGCCAAGCAAGCUCGGAGAGUAGCUUUGGUCCCAGCUGGAAUAGCACUUCUCUUCCUCCUGGGGCAAAUACGUCGGUACCGGUGACUAGUGCUUCUAGCGGAACCUUGGUGCCUUUUCCAACGUCUUCAGGGGAGUUCACUUCAGAGAGCAGUGUCGGUCCGAGCUGGAACAGUACAUCUCUUUCGGGUGGUAACACCUCGUUAACGACUAUCAGUGCUUCGACUUCAGCGCGACCCUCUUCAGCAGAUAUCACUUCGGGUAUUAGCUUGGGCCCAAGUUGGAACAGUACUUCCCUUCCAUCAGGUGGUAACAUAUCGGUACCAACUGCAGGCACAUCGAGUGACUCGUUUGUGCCAUUCCCGUCGGUAUCAUUACCGAGUCUCUCAUCCUCAGUAGAGGCUACAACAGGGAGCAGUUUGUCUCCAAGUUGGAACGCCACUUCUCUGCCUCCAGGCGGUAAUACCUCGAUACCGACUGCCAGCACCUCCAGCGGAUCAUUUGUCCCGUUCCCCACAGCAUCACUUCCAGGUUCAUCAUCCUCGGAGGGAGCAGCAUCAAAGAGUAGUUUCUCUCCGAGCUGGAACGCCACGUCUCUAACUCCUGGUGGCAAUACCUCAGUCCCAACCGUCAGUACAUCCAGCGAGUCCUUCAUACCAUUCCCGACGGUAUCACUACCCAGUCAAUUCUCGUCAGCCGAAGCAGCAUCAGGCAGCAGUAUCUCGCCAAGCUGGAAUAACACUGCUUUACCAUCUGGCGGCAACAUGACAAUACCAACCAUCCGUAUAUCCCCGUCGCAAACCUUUGUCCCAUUUCCAACUCAGCCAUUCCCAAGCGAUACUCUCACAACAGGCCUAGAGACAAGUGGAAAUCAGUUCCCAAAUCAGAACAGUACUACUGUACCUGGGGUUAGCUUCACUAUACCGUCAAUCAGUAUAACUCGGGGUGGAACAUUACCCUUUCCGACGCUGCCGCUGCCAAGUGAGUCGAUCACGACUGAAUCUAGGAUUGAGACAACCUCAGUGCCAAGUAGCAGCGCAAUUCCGAGCUGGAAUGGUACCACUUCUGCACCUGGAGGCAAUGUCUCCGUACCGACGAUCAGUGCAUCGCACAUUGGGACGUCGUCUCUGGUUCCGUUCCCAAGUGCAUCUUUGCCGACCGUUUCUCAAGUAACGUCAGGGUCGGCCCGAAGUGAGACUUUGGUGUCUGGUUGGAACACAACAACUUGGGGAUCUGAAGGCUCUGGUUCUGUUGCAACUGUCAGCUCCUCUGGGGCUGGUUCAGUUGUGACUCUUCCGAUGGAGUCAGAAGCUUCUACCAGUUCUCAGAGUGGUGAUGUUGGGUGGAACAUCACGUCGUCCAUUUCAGGCAUUGUCUCCCUCCCAACCAUCAGUGUACCAGCCUCUGCAAUCCCAACUUUGCCCUUUCCAACAGUCUCAACCGAGGUUACCAGUACUGUUGCUAGCGAAAGUGCUGUUCCGAGCCGUGAGACGACGGGCUCUGGGCCUGGGAGUACUGAAACCGUUACAUCCUUCUCGAGGCCUGUGGCUGCAACUUCAACGUCUGGCGCCUCCAACGGUUCCGCGUCACCAAGUAGUAACGCAACAACAACUGGCGUCCCGGAGUUCCCUGCCGCCAACUUCACCCAUGUUACACGCACCGCAGCCAUCUCGCAAGAAACAUGCUACACACUCCCCAACCCAGACGGUGAUUCGACUCGUCGAGCGUUACUGUACAACUCCAGACUUCGAGAAGAUAACGUCUCAAUCCCCACUCCGUAUAUCGAGUCUGUUGAGUUUGAGAAAGAUGGCAUUAAUCCGCUGUAUCUCACUGUUCGUGAUGAACAAGGCGGGAUCUACUAUGUCGACAUUUCUCAUCGGGGCAGGCUUUCGGUCGCUGAUCCUAAUGGGUACCUGGUCACGCUUGAUGCUGAGGGGAUUCACUUCUCGGGGAGCAACUGCACGUACGACAUAUCGAUCUCGAUUGACGAUAUGUACGAGCAGAUUGCCGACUUGGCGGGUGUACAAUGUGCUGCACUCAAACGCAAGCGCGCCGAAGACUUGGACUUCAGUCAGGUUCUGUACCUGCAUGACCAAUGUGGGAACCCCGUUGACAGGUCGGUCAGGCAGUAUCCUCAGCUUCUUGUAGGCGACACAGUCUGUGCAGAUGUCGCUGUUGAUGAUGAAACUGGUCGCUGGGACUUUGAGUGUACGUUCCCGGGAUCUGAGUCUGGAUCAUUGAGAUGUCAGUCGGCUAUCAAGAAUAAGGUCGUCGACUUCAUCAGCACAGAUCCAUUCGGCGGUGCAUGUCCAGACUUGUCCACUGUCGUCACCACGCUUGAAGAAUCAGGACAAGACAUCAUUGACCCUGAACAGCUUCGCAAAGACCUUGCCAAUCAAGGUCUGACCCGCGACAGAGCCAAGCAAGAGGCUGAUGCCGCUGUGGUCGCGUACACCCAACUAUGGCAGGCUCUUGGUGCAAUAUUCACCAAGAACACAGAGACUUCACAGGGUGCGUUGGAAGAUUACAUCGACGUAUACAACACCCACCGCAGUUUCGAAAACGACAUCUGCCAAUCCCUUCACGAAGGCGAAAUCCCCCUCAACCUAACCCUCAUCGCCGGCGCAACAAGCAUACCCGCCAUAACAACCCUCAACUGGGCCCCCGAGACAACAAAACCCUACAACAUCACAGUCCAAGACUCAUCACGCAUCGCCUGCUGUCCCAACAGCGCAGUUGCAGAGGGAGAAGGCGCUACGUGUUCGUAUCCCCGCAACGCCAUCAUCCCCGGCACAGGGUGCGUCUGCGGUAAGAGUGCGGCGGGUGUAGGGAUUGCGUUUGAGUGGACGGAGUGUACGAAUUACAAGGGGAGCUGCGAAGCUGAUGGUGAUUGUGGGGAUGGGUAUUUGUGCCUGACGGGAAGUUGUUGUGGUGGGGGUGUUUGUGUUGAUGCGUUUGCUUGUUCGGAGAAUGGGACGGAUUUGGUGCAGCAGUUUGAUGGAGGGUUUUAG